AAAUCAAAUGAAAUAAAAAACGCCAAAAUGAACCGCGAUUACUACAAAGUGUCGUACACGAGUAACCGCAUGCCGACCAUCUCCGACGAUGUGCUCGACAAUGUUGUGGACACAGAAUUCAACGCGAAUCAGUUCAAGCUGUUCGACGACUUCACGACGGACCUGAGGAUCAACUUCAACUCUAGCAGCUUCAGGAGACGAGGCGAUCCUAAUGAUUCGGGCGUCGAUAUGGAAAAUGGGAAUCCGAUGGAUGACUCCAAUGAUACAGACUUGUUGGAGAACGAAGUGAUGGUAGAUCCCUGGAGCAGCAUGGACUCUUCAAAUUCGCCGUUAACUGACUCCGUACCAUCCGCCAGCGAUGACUGCACCCCGUCCACCUCCAGCGAGCCCCCGCGCGGCUCGCAGGAGCCCUCGCCGCUGUCCCCCGCGCGCCGCCCCCUCGGCUCCACCCACCGCACACUCCCUCAGACCCUACCCCCCAAACCGGACAAAGCGCGCUCGCGGGACCUCACGCUAGCCCUGGACCCCGACCCACUCCCGCGCCGGCCGCACUUCUUAGACGAAGAUUACCAGAACCCCUCUAAGUCAAACAUCGAAUGUCGCAUCCCCAAACCACACUUCCUCGACCACUCGCCGUCGCCAGACGAAUUCGACGAGCGCAGCGACAUCACCAACCCCAACUUCCUCGACGAUGAAGCCGAGGACGACCAAACGCAAAAGAAAGCCGGCGCCCUCCCCAAGAAAACUACAAAGCCUUCCACAUAUUUACCUCAAGAGGAACGACCGCACAGGACUAGUUAUCGAAGUACGCUACAUUACGGAUUAGAAAGUGAGGCGAGAUCUAGUGAAAGAGACAAAAGAGCCUCACAGCUGUACAGAGGCACUUGGCCCGGCGAGCGGGACAUAUGGACCGGCCACGAUGCCUCCAGCGUUCGGAGCUUCUCCAGCAACGGCUCGGCCGACGGCCACCGGCCCUGUUCCAACUUAGACAACAAAAUGGACUGCGUCAUUUCACUCAUCUCCCUUCUUAGCUUAUCACCAGAAAACAACGCCGAUCUAAGCGGACCUUUACUAGAAAUGAGCAGAUCAGUGGAAAGCUGCAUCGCAAUGAGACAAGCGGGCUGCAUACCCCUCCUAGUGCAACUGAUCCACUCCAAAGUACCCAGAGAGACGAGGGACCGCGCCGCAAAGGCGCUUCGAAACAUCAUCCACACGCAAACCGACGACAAAGCCGGCAGACGAGAAGCGAGAGUCUGGAGGCUACUCGAACAAGUUAGAGAAUACUGCUACAUCUUAGAAGACGUUGUAGAAAACAGGAGAGAAGGGAAGGAAGUCAUCGAAGACGAUGGCAACAAACAUCCGAGUCAAAGCGUGGCUGCGUUGAUGAAGCUGUCGUUUGACGAGGAGCAUAGGCACGUCGUGUGUCAACUGGGUGGUCUCCAAGCUCUUGCGGCGCUAGUGAGCGGCGACCAGGCGGCCCACGGGAGCCGGACGGACGACAACACGUGCUUGACGAUGCGGAAGUACGCCGGCAUGACACUGACCAACCUGACGUUCGGCGACGGCAACAACAAGUCGUUGCUGUGCUCGUUCAAGGACUUCAUGCUGGCGUUGGUGGAACAACUGGAGUCACCCAAUGAUGAUAUGAGACAGGUAACCGCUGCCGUGCUACGAAACUUAUCAUGGAGAGCGGACACUAGUAGCAAGCAGGUCCUACGUGAAGUCGGAGCCGUGAAGGGCCUCACCAAAGCGGCCAUGACGUGCCAAAAGGAGGCGACCCUCAAAUCCGUACUAUCCGCCCUUUGGAACCUCACGGCCCAUUGUUCCAUGAACAAGGUCGCGCUGUGCUCCGUAGACGGAGCUUUAGGGUUCCUCGUGGACAUGCUCAGCUACGACUCUCCGACCAAAACCCUCGCCAUCGUAGAGAACGCCGGCGGCAUCAUGCGGAACGUCUCCAGCCACAUCGCCGUCCGCGAAGAUUACAGGCAAAUUCUCCGCGAGAGAAAUUGUUUGAGUGUCUUACUGCAGCACCUCAAGUCCCCCAGCCUCACCGUCGUGAGCAACUCCUGCGGCACGCUGUGGAACCUGUCCGCGCGCUGCCCGCUCGACCAGCAGUUCCUGUGGGACCACGGAGCCGUGCCCAUGCUCCGCAGCCUCAUCCACUCCAAGCACAAGAUGAUCGCCAUGGGCUCCGGCGCGGCCCUCAAGAACCUCCUCAACUCCAAACCUGGAAAGACACACAUCAUCUCGCUUGACAGCACAGCGAGAACUAUGAAUCUGCCCGCUCUUCCUACACUAGGCGCCAGGAAACAGAAGGCUCUAGAACAGGAGUUAGACCAGAACUUAGCGGAGACGUGUGACAACAUCGAACCGGCCACCUCCCCUACUACCAGCAAUAGGGAUGAGAAGAAUCUCUUCACGGCCACCGAGCGGCAGAUCGCCAUGAACCUAAAUAGAAUGUCCUCGAGCUCGCCUUUAAUGGGAGCUCUGACUUCACAAAUAUCUCUCAGCCACAGCGCGCAUCUAGCAAGCUACCUAAGCUGCAGUAACACAUUGCUAAAAGGUGCUUUAGUCACUCGAUCAACCACAGGCAGCUCUAGUAACGUCAAUCGCUCCGACAGCAAGGACUCCGUGACAAGUGCUCAAUCCGACACAGUUUUCGAAAGAGUCAUGCGCACAGGAAAAGUCCCCGUACCUACACCUAGAAACAAAGACUUGAUGAAGAAUGAGACAAGUGGCGAAGCGUUUAAAAUGGCCUCUAAACCUUUAGCCAAAGACGGUUUCCUGCGAUACCCAACGCAACCCCCGAUACCACCACCGAGAACCACCGACAUGAGAACUAACUACACAGAAUCUGGUUACGACGUCGACCAGGACUCUUGCGACCAGCCUAUAGACUUCAGCAGAAAAUAUUCGGAAACCAAAACCAACGAGCCGGACCCGUCUUUAGCCGAAGGCAAACCCAAACCUACCAAAAAAUACAAGAAAGACAGUACGAGCACCUUCGGAGAUUACCAAGAGACCGAUUUAGACCAGCCGACGGACUAUUCACUUCGCUACGCUGAGCACCAAUCGGAAAAUGGUUCAGACAUCUCCGAGCCUGCUGGCCCGUCCGUUCACGAGGACACUCUCAAACACUUCGCCACUGAAGGCACUCCGUACGAAACCCCCAUCAUUUUCUCCACCGCCACCUCCAUGUCUGACUUAAGAGUCAUAGGCAAAGACGGCAAACCAAAAUCCACUCCAAGCGUUAAAGAAAACCCUGAAGUCAUGACGCAUUCGGACGAAAAGGACACUUGUUCCAUAGAAGAUCCUCCGAGACACGACAACGACAGAGCGAUAAUUACUCCUCAAAAUCCCGAGCCAAUUCCUGAGAAGCGAAGUGUGUUUGACACGAAGUUCAGUUCAGGGAUGAUAAGUCCAGAGAAGCCAGUGAACUAUUGCGACGAGGGUACUCCCGGGUACUUCUCUCGAGUCAGUUCGUUGAGUAGUUUAGGAGAACCUACGGAGGAAGACAGUUUGGCGAAGAAGAACGCGAUGGCUACUAUUAACGUUGAGCCGGGUGUUCAGGACCUAAACGCCAGCUCUUCAAAGGAUAAAGAAGGCUCAAAAGCGGUGACAUUCGCAACAGAUCCAGUGGCAGUGAGCUCACAGCCGUCCACGCCAGGGCGCUUCGUAGAAGACACCCCGCUGAUGUUCUCUCGCUCGUCCUCUCUGGGCUCGCUGCCUGAGGCCGACGAGCAGCAGGACCAGGGUUCAGUGCUGUCUGAAGUCAGCCGGCUGACGUCGGGCUGCAUCUCGCCGAGCGAGAUUCCGGACUCGCCCGGCGCGCCCGCCUCGCCGCGCUGCGCAGACCCUGUCACACCCCCACCAGUUUGCGAGCCUGAGCUAGACACGCGCGACUGCCGCGAAGUGUCCGUGUUCGAGGAGCGAACUUCGCAGUUCAUGGUCGAAAAUACUCCAGCUCAAUGCUCGCCGCCGAACCUCAGCAGUUUGAGCAGCCUCACCAUUGAGGAAGACAUCAAGCCAUCGCAGUUAAGCUUAAAGUUAUCCAAGGAAGACAUGGACACCAAAAACGAUGGAAUCGACAGGUCACCUGCACCGCAGCCUCUCCCAGUGAGGACAAUCAGUGAACCACUUCGAGGAACUCAAACCCCCGGCGACACCUGCCAAGUGUACUUCACUGAGGACACGCCAGCCAUUCUGUCUAAAGCGGGCAGCAACUCCAACCUGUCCGUGCUGUCCAUCGAGUCCACUCCGCAACAACACCAUGACACCUCUGACAGCAGCAACCUUAGCGACGCACAUCUUCUAGAAGACUGCAUACAGAAGGGCAUCGCCACCGCGGUGAAAAACAAGCCGUUGUCAGACUUAUCCUCAGUCAACUAUUCAGACCGCGAUAAUGUAUAUAGAUCUCUGCCGCCGUAUCUCCGGGCGUCGACGGAAACCGUGAAGAUGUCGCACGAACACGAAAGAAACGUUCGAGUCAGAACGCAAACGCGAAAGCCGGCUGCCGAUAAAAACUGCGCGCAACCUCGACAAGCAGCCCGCCGCACGAUUCCUCCAGCUCGCUCAGCCUCGACUCGUUCGGCUCCACCGACCGCGAGAUCUUCGAGGAGACCGUGCGCGCCGGCCUGCACGCGCGACACGACCAGGCGCGCUCCGUCCAGCGGCGUCCGGACCACGCCAGACACACCAGACGACGACUUCGAGAGAAACUUAGCUUCCGGCAUCUACAACAUCAAAAACAACUCUCGCGUCCGCCGCCUCGACCAGGAAUCCCUCACGAGAUCCCCGUACUCGUACCACGGAGAAUCCUCCUCAAUGGCGCACAGAUUCCGAGGCCACCAUUCUAGGUACUACGACGACGGCCCGCCGAGCUUACCCGCUAGAAUCGACGAGCCGCGCCGACAAUUAGAAAGAAGUAACUCGUUAAGUUCUCUCAGCAACGACUCCUUCGGAUCUACAGAUAAGGAGGUCUUCGAGCGCUGCGUACGUAUGGGCAUGUCGAAAGCUCAGCCGAAGCAGAGAAGCGAAAAUUGCGAGUGCGAAGCGACGACCGAACGGAGCGGAGAAGACGCAAGGACAACAAAAGUCAAGGGGCGCUGGACAGAAUGGUCGGCGAGGACUCCCUGGACCGCGCGCUGCUGGAGGAGACUCCGAGGUCCGCGACGAACUCAACCGGUCAACGAGUCCUACGCGGACGUCCUCGACGGCUCCUGGAGCGACGAGCCGAGGAACUACGAGGUGGCGACGCUGACGAGGAAGAAGCUCGAGUACACCGACAUUAAAUACUCGGAUAAGGCCUUUGAAGAAUCUAAGCACGAUACGUGGAACGACAAUACUUGUCCCGACGAUGUCACAUUCCCGACCAUAAGCGGCUCCGUCCAUAUGGUCUCCUCGAUCAGAAGCGAGGUCGCAGACCCGGCCCUCGCGCUGCCGGAUCUACUCGAGAAGAGCGAGCCGAUGAUGUCCACGCGGCCCGACCUCACCAACAAGCUGGACGAGGACACGACCUCCGAGCUGCACAUCCCAGAGGAUAACCCCCUCAGUGACGUCAUGCUGGAGAACAUCCCCGAGCCCAGCUACACCUCGCUAGUCGACGACGGCGAACAGAAGUUCGACUCCUUAAUGGCGUCCGCUAUCGAAAAGGAAGCGGCCAGGUUAGCAGCGCAACUAAAAAGCUCCACUUACGGCAUGGAAAACAGUGUGACGUCACUAACCUCGUUAGACCUAGACAAUGUCAAACCACCUUCACAUUUGGGCAGUCUCCUCUCCUUAAGCGCUUCAGGCCAAUGGGACGAUACGUCGAAGAAAUCCCAAAAAUCCCGCAAGAAGUCCCUCCCGGUCGCCAUGAUGGUUAAGAGAGCGCUCAGCAACUCCAUGCACCAAGGCUCCUCUGAACACUUGGACAGCAAUCCUGUCAGCUUUCUCGACAAUGUCAAACCACCGUCGGAGAUGGAGAAUUUGGACAUGGAGAGCAGCAUGAUAUCUGUCAGCAGCAUAGUGUCCGAGGUGGCAGAUAGAGAGAAGACUCCCGUAGUCUUUGACUUCAAACAACCAAUCCAAGAUUUCCCUCUCUGCCACAACUUUAACCUCCUGGAUUUGGACAAAGUCAAUCCUCCAUCGCUGUUUGAUGAAAUGGCAGAGUCCACAGUAGAAAUUGAGCCGACCACGGCGCAUCAGCUGCACGAUGAAGUUUCCAGCACCUUAAAUGUAGUCACGGACAUUCCGUCCGGCUCCGAGAACUGCACGCCGCUACCGUCGGACAUGAGCAGCGUCGAAUCCACUCCAAAGAAAACGAGAGACCCCAAAUAUCUGACCCCUAAGGAGAAACGAACUGUCGCUAAAGACAGGUAUCAGACGUAUACUAUCAUAGACCCACCAUCAGAGUCCGACAUGAUGACAGUCGCGUCUGAAGAGUUCGUCACGUGGACCAAAUCAGAAAGCGACAGAUCUGACGACUACGUGACUGCUAAUUCAGAAGCUAAAUCAAAAAGGAAGAUGAGUGCGAAACAACGACGGUUAGAGGACAGAGCUAGGUAUCAAACGCAAACCGUCAACAUACAGAGCAUCAUACAGGAGACGAAACCAGUCGACCCGCAGAUAGAAAGCUUGAAGCAGCGACUAGCCACCAAGAAAACUAUGAAACAGAAACGCAUGGAGGAUGCCGAGAGAUUCAGGACUAGAACGCUCAGUGAGGAUAUCCCUCCGUCCCCAACGUUUGUCACUAAAGACGCCAGCUUUGAGAACGUCGAAACUACCACAGGUUACGACAGUCUGUCUUCUAAUGAACUGAACCAUCAGCAGAUUAUGGACGACAGACAAGACGAUGUCUUCAGAGAAACGGACAGCGGACACAACGAAGACGACUUCGAAUUGAACUCGACUCAAAUGCAAACGUACACCAAGAGCUUCAGGAACUAUCUCCCCGUCAUAGAGAGCCCGUCCGCGGUCGAUAUCUGCGUCGUCAAUAAUUUGAAGAACAUUGAAAUGACCGCGUCCUACCGAAGGGCGCUGCAAAGCGACAAGGUUCAAAACCCGAGCAGCAGCGAUUUCGCGAGCUACGAGGGAGACACACAUUCUGAUAACGAUUCUGAGGAAGAAGCCGCUCAAAGACCUAAACCGAAGAUCACCAAACCGGAGAGACGAGAUGAAAGUCUAGAUUCUAACGAUUCUCACGAGAAGGAGGAGCCCAAAGCGGUUCGGGGCAGGAAGAAAGCGGCGUACGUGUCUCCCUACAGACGAAGCGUGCCGCCCGCUAAAAAGCCCGCCGCCGCGCCAGCCAAGGCCCCAGUGAAGGCCAUCGUACCUCCCAAACCCAGUGCCAAAGCUCCGAGCAAAACUCCUUCGACUUCCAAACCGCCCAGCGCCAAUACUUCACCUAAAAAGACUCUUAACAAAUCGCCAUCCAAAAUAGCUCAGAAAGCCGUCGCCAUUCCGCUGGUAGCCGGCAAACCUUUGCCUCUAGAACGGCAGGGCACCUUCACUAAAGAAGAAAGCUCAGUGCCCGCUAAAAAUGUACCAGUCCCUGUAGCAGAGAAGAAACCGAUCGUAUCUAGAUACGCGAAAACUGCCCCUAAACCGGCUGUGAACAACACGUCUCCGUCUAGGUUGCCGCAGCUCAACCGCUACGCGAAACCUCCUCUAAAGAAAGGCGGCAGCACCGAGAGGCCUGCGCCCAAACCCAAGUCGGCCAUGCGCAACUCCGCCUCCAACCACAGCCUGCAGAGCAACGACAGCGCCAAAACUGUCACCCUAGCAUCCAGGGGAUCGAGACAGGGCAGCACUUCCAGCGUCAACAGCGUACAGUCUUCCAAAAUCAACGCUAAAGACGUCGAAAGCAAAAUAGCUAGUCUAUGGAAAAAGGUCGAGCAGACUAAAAAAGUUAUCGCCAAACCCGACAAGCGGGUAUGGAUCGAGAGCGACAAAACGGAACAGCCGAAACUGAUCCGAAGUUCCACCUUCGAGGGCCAGCCCAAGCAGGCGCAAGUGUCCACUGCGCCCAAACAGAAAACUGCAAUAGGUAUCAAAGUGUCGCAAAUUCCCAGUUUGAGGCCGAAGUCUACGCCGCCGAAGGCCACCGCGCCUGUCGCGAAGAAACCGGUGACCGCGCGAGUGUUUGCGAGGAAGCCGGCCAACGGACAAGCCACGUAAAGUGUCAAGUAUUUAAAAACUCAGUGAAUGAUGUUUUUGAGAAUAAAGUGCGAAUCGGAAGAUGUGUGGAAAAUAUAUCGAUGAGAGGUGUCACAGUUGUUUCAACUUGGUGUUUUAAAUUAAGACACUUUGGAAAGCUCAGUCACUGUAAGCCAAGACUAAGAUAACUCUUCUCUUUCAUUGAUAAGAUUGUCAAGCGGCAACGGCCGUUUCCAAAACUGAUAUGUGUAAAACUUGAUGAAUGAUAUUUAAGGAAUGUUUGCAUAUUUAUUCAAAUUAUCGUUUAGGAUAAUGACAAUUAUGCAAGAUAAAUCGAUCAAUGUUUCACGACACAGCGUCACAAAUCGUAUGGACUUCUAGUUGAUUAAAGUGAUGAUAUUAUAUAAAAAUGUGUUUCUUUAGGUUCGAGUUGAGACUAAUGUUUCUUACAACAAUAUCGGCAAUGUUGCCAAGAGUAGCUUAGUCCCUUGACCAUGCAAUGAAAAAUUAUAUGAUAUAUGUAACCCUUUUAUCUUUAUAGAAUGUUACUUUGAUUGCAAGUUUAAAACCUCAGUUUUCAUUCUAUAGUUUAUUUUCUCUAUGUAUAUUUGUUGCAUUUAUUUGGGAUAUAUCCCUUUCUGACUGCAGUUUAGUUUAAGAAAUCCUUUUGAAAGUUGGCGGAUGACUAAAGAAAUCAUGUAAUAUGAACCUAUAUACAUAUACAUAAUACGAACAGACAGUGAAAUCGUGUGCGUAGGUAGGUAUGAAAUCUAACUAUGUUUUAUGACAGAUUUUCUAUCACUUUUAGCGCUUUUUACUUAAUCUUUACAGUGUAAGUAAUUUAAAUUAAGUCUUAAUGAAAUAACCAUAGUUUCUGUUCCUAUCUAUCCCAUAUUGAGUUACCUUCCGAUUUUUGGUUGAAACAUAAGUUUUCUUACUGACUAUCGAAGAGUAAGCAUUAGCAUUUAGCAUUCAUUUCGAUGUAAAUAUUUCAUAUUAUAACUAGUUAAGGUUACCAUAACACAAUUUGUAUAUUUUUCAUAAUAUCAUAACUUAAGUAACGUACAUUGGAAUGUCACGUAGUUUUGCUGUAAAAAUGGGGGCAAAAAUGGUGUUUGCCUCAAUUUUUUACGUCUAGUCAGUUUUAAAGUUAUUUGUAAGCUAAGCCUCGAGGUUUCUCUAUGGGCAAGAUAUAGGUUGUUUUUUUCUUUCAAUUAUUAGUAGAAAAUCUUUGUACUUGAUGCAAAGGUAUUGUCACCAUUAUUUAAAUGAAGCUUAAUAAUGUCAUAUUUAUACCUACAUCGGUAAAUGAUUUAUCGAAGUCGAUAUAAAAUAGUAUGGCAGGUAAUUGAUGUCACGAUGGAAUAUUAAAAAUAAAACAGCAUACAGGUCACAAAUUCAGUAAAUUUUAAAAUUCUAUAACAGAAGAUAAAAAUGCUAUCAAUAACGAAACUUGACUGUUACUUCGAUAACUGUUUAGAUGUAUACACUAUACUCGUAGUCUCAUUUGAAAUAGGUAAUAUGAUCAUACUGACUUAUCUGUUAUUUUGACCAUUUCUGACCAUUGAAGCAGUCAAUUAUUCUUAUUGAAUAUGGUACCAUUUUAAAAUUGCUGCAUGCAGUCGCAUAAGAUAUAUCAUAGCGGCCCGAAGUGCUCAAAAAUACCUAAACACGAAUUUACUCUGACAAUAAAGGCGACUCUUGUUCGGAUGUUUGUGAGCGCUUUGGUCGCUAAAAUAUAUAUAGUGACUGUACCAACAUUUUGUAGCAAUUUCCGACUCAUGACUAGAUAUAAUAAAUUUGGCUUUCUUUUACAAAAGGGUCCUUACGCUUCAAAUCCAAUGUGGACGUUUUCAUUUGAAAUUCGGACAGAAUUUCCUCAUUUGGUAGCGUAAGCACCCUUAUGGCAUGGAAAGCCACGAAGCUUCCCGUGACGUAGUACUGAUUCUAAACGUUACAUGUAUUUAAGGAACAUAGUGUAAUGUACUCGGUUAUCCGCUGUUGUAGCCAUUUUUCUGUUACGCCAGUUUAGGUAAAUAAAAUAUAGUCGUAAGGUGCAUAUUUUGAUGGUAAUAAAUGAUAUUUACCACAA